UGCGUCCGAGGAGUGGCUACGCUCUGGAUUUGGGUCCGUGCGUAAACGGCAUGGUUUCGCGUCUCUGCUACGAGAAGUUAACCGUGUGGCUUCGGAAGUUGGAAAUAAGCGGAUGCUCCCUCCACAUUUAGGGGAUUUCAUUGCAGCCUCGAGCUUGUUGUUUCCACCUACCGAGGGACCAGCAGCUCCGCCGUGUGUUUGCCCACCACCUGCGGCCGGUUUGUGGUCCUAAGACACGCCACGGGGAUUCCCACGACCGGAGUUUGGUCAAUUCAUUCCGGCUACGUGCUCGAGAGGCUCCGAUCUGUCAUGGAUUUGGUUUUCGUGAUAAUCGCGCGUCUAAAGCUUGGUUAGUGGACACGUGUAGGAGCAGUAAAUAUAGAUAUAUAGACAUAUAGAUAUAUAGCGGUAUAUAUUCUGAUCGCGUCGGACCGGCGGCGGCGGACAUGGCCAAGAGCGCCGCAGACGGAGCGGAUUUCAGCAAGCUCCCCGACGAGGAGCUGCUGAGGCUCGGAAGGGACGAACUGCUGCGGAGGCUGCGCAGGGUGGAGGGCGAGAAAAUGAACCUGAUGGUGGAGCACGGCAACAUGAUGAAGGACGUGAACCGCAGCCUGCAGGUCCACCUCCACGAGAUCCGGAGUCUGAAGGAGGUGAACCAGAAGCUGCAGGACGACAACCAGGAGCUCCGGGAGCUGUGCUGCUUUCUGGACGACGACCGGCAAAAGGGGAAGAAGCUCUCCCGCGAGUGGCAGCGUUUCGGCCGCUACACGGCCAGCGUCAUGUGGAAGGACGUCGGCGUGUACCAGCAGAAGCUGACGGAGCUGGAGGCCAACCAAGAGGCGCUUGUGCGCGACAACGUGGAGCUGAAGGAGAUCAUCCUCAUGCUGGAGGAGGAGCGGAACGGAGCCGGCUCCCGGAGCUCCAUCGACAGCCAGUCCAGCCUGACGAACCUCAACGGGGGUUCGGUCCCGGUUCGGGAUGUUGGGGACGGUAGUAGUACCUCCAGUACCGGUAGCGCCGGCAGUCCAGACCACCACCAUCACCACAACCACACGCACAAACCAUCCGACGGCAAGAUGGCAUCCAUGAGGAGGUCAAUGGACGACCUUUCUGGGUCCCACUUCCACAGAAGUGUUCACAACGGAUUUAAUGAUGCGUCAUCCAGCUACAUCAGACAACUGGAGAACAAGGUGCGGAUGCUGGAGGACGACAACAAGCAGUUACUAUCACAGGCAAACGGUGGGGAUUUGAAGACGCUGAGGAAGGGUCUUUCUCUUUAUCAUUCAGAGUCUCAGCUCUCGUCCCUCUCACAGUACCAGGACACCAUGCACAAUGGAACUGGGAGGACCCCCAGCGGCGAGCCCUCCCCGACAGGCGGCUUCCUCCCCCCGGGGCAGAAACCAGAGGCGGUGGUCCACGCCAUGAAGGUACUUGAGGUCCACGAGAAGCUGGACAGGCAGAUCCCGGAGGACUACGACGAAGAUCUGAGCGAGAAGGAGAAGGCCAUCGUCAGAGAGAUGUGCAACGUGGUGUGGAGAAAGCUGGGCGAUGCGGCCGGCUCCAAGGCCUCGAUCCGACAGCACCUCUCAGGCAACCAGUACAAAGGACCUUUGUAGCGCUCAGGACCUGUGGAUGUCAAAACCAAGACACAGCAGUUUUUUUUUGGUUUUUUUUUACACCGCCAGUAGGUGGCACCAGAAACACCUCAGCGCUGUGUCGGCUCUCUACCCGCUGCAGAGGACCCUCCAGCUACCUUCGCGCCCUCUCAGCCACGUGCGCAACAGACAUUUUCGUAAUAUCCUCAGAGCCGCGCUUUCGCUCGUCCCACCAACUUCCGGACAACCGCCGACGAGCUCACAUCCGGUUCCAUCCGGUUUGCCCCGCGCCCGCCAUUAGCGCCCUCCAGCCCCAAGGCUCGCUGCACGGUGAUGGAGGAGACAGCAGCACCGUCGUCCGACAACCCCUCCAUUUAUUUUGGGGUACCCUGAGCAACUGAGAGUCACUCACCGAGACUGCUCCGCCACCCAAACCCUCCACCCGCGGCACCCGACUACAAGCUGAACCUUUUCAUUUCAUUUUAUUUUAUUUUCUAUUUUUUGAUGUUCAUGUUCCAAGUAUUCGCAGGUGACCUCCACACGUGACUUACUAACUUAUUCUCACUCAGUUUUUGGCUUCAAGACAACAACAACAACAAUCUCCUAAGACCAAAUCUAGGAGGGAAAUGUCUGUGUUUUUCAUAAUUUACUCACCAGAAGUCACAAGCCAUAACAAUAUUUGACACGACAUAAGCUGACCCUUUUUUUUCCCCCCAUUUAUAGAGCAGGACUGCACAGCGUCCUGGUCGCUGCACUAGCGCCUCCUCUGGUUAGUCAGGGCACCUGUUCAGCAGGGGGGAGGGGGGGGGAAUAGCGUGAUCCUCCCACGCGCCACAUCCCCCCCGGUGAAACGCCUCACUGUCAGGUGAAAAGAAGCGGCUGGCGACUCCUGCAGCUUUCCCCGGGUCGGCAGAGGGGGGUGGAGCAGCGACCGGGACGGCUCAGAAGGGUGGGGCGAUUGGCCGGAUACAACUGGGGAGAAAAAAGGGGGGAAAAGAAAAAAAAAACAAUCUUGUGACAAUCUAUUUUUUUUCUGAAGCAGCUGUAACUGGUUGAUGUGUAUAAAAGCUGUGGAUAUGUUCCUCACGAGGACUGCUAAUAGCUUGCUAGCUAACAUGAGCGUGUGAGGAGGCCCUGAUGGGUCGAAGGUCAGAUGUUGUUAGCUAUCGCUCAUUGGUUUCUUAGUCUUUCUUGAGGCAGUUAUGAUUCAUAUUGUAACGUGCAUGGAUAAGAAGACACGCUGGCCGCUGGCUCGCGGGUCUGACCCUAUAGUCUAGCGGUUAGCGAUGCCUCCUGCGGUGCGGGCGACACGGGUUCGCGUCCCGGCCGCGGCACUUCCUGUGGUUGCGUUGCCCCCCCCCCCCCGAAUUCGCUACAAUAUGGUAAGUAGGCUCGUGGCUGUUGUGUAAGGCGGCGUCGACUCUGCACCGUCUCCGGACCCUCCUGGAUGUCGAAGGGCUACCUUAAUGGAGUUUCUUCAGCUAUUCUGCUCAUGUAAUGCUGCGAACAGGGGCGGAGCUACAGGGCGGCAAAGGGGGGGGGCAGCUGCCACCUCUGGGACACAGUCUUGCCACCCCAGGAAAAAAAUCUCUAGAUCCACCACUGGGUGGGAACAUCAGCGUGCUUUUACCCCGCUGGGACCAAAUUCACAAUCCGGGCAGGUCGUCUCUUAAAUCGACUUACUGUUGUGUGAUGAAGCCACCGGGACCGGUUUCACCCCUGUGUGCGUUAUUAGUUCGGUGUGCUGCAGCCCCACGGGCUGUAAUGGCGUCCGGCGCCUUUUGUGUUCUUCUUUUUUGGGACAGAACGAGCGCUGUAACUUUGCCCUCCGAAUCACUGCAGCGCACUACAUACCGCACACGCAGGGGGCGAUACUGCUCCCGAGCCUCUUCAUACCCAACAGCAUGUUGAUGAAAGACCUCGUGUGCCAAAGCGGCAUGUUGCUCCAGAAAAUCUGGUCCCGGUUCAGGAUUCUGGUUUUAAGAGGCUUAAUAGAUAGACGGUAGCAGAUAACUUCGCUAAGCUUAGUUAAUAACAAGUUACUUAUUUAGGACAACUUCAGUUCAAACCGAAGGGGGGCGAAAUCGCACUCUUCAGUAGCAGAUAAGCAGCGGCGCCCCCAAGGGGGGGCCACUGCCACCCUGAUACUAUCCCUGCGCCCCCCCCCGCUGCCCCCCCAGCCACGAGUCGCGUAUGCAGAAUAUGCUUCUGAUUAUGCAUAAUAUGCUUCUAUCUGAUAUUUUGCAUUAGGUGCUGUUCAUUUAAAUCAAUAAUGUAUAUUUUUCUUAACUCUCAUAUUGACAGUUUUCCACUAGGCUAUACAGUAUACUACAACAGCAGCAUAAAAUUCCCGAAGUUCAGUCAUGGCUUUUGGUUUUGGUGUGCCCCCCCAAGAUUUUCAGUGGCCCCAUUUGCCCCCCCCCUAUGAAAAAUUUCUGGGGGCGCCACUGCAGAUAAGUAAUGUUCAUUAUUUGGUCUGUGACUGGCCCCACAGGUAGAGCUAACAGACGAGUCUGUCGUGUCCCAGCCGCCAUUAUAAACCAUCACCUCAGUGCAACAACAGUCACGUGAGCACAGAAUGACGUAUCCUAGGUGUAUACACUAUUACGCUGUAGUACACCCAAUGCACUUGCGUAGUGCAAACUAAUGUAUAUCAUUAGAAAUGAGUUAUGUACAGUCAUUUCAGCACCACUCCUAAAGGCGCACACUUGCAAUCUUUCUCAUUGUCCUGACUCUCGGGGGGGCCCCCCUCCCCGCCCCCCCAUCUCCCAUACACACGGAUGAAGGAAUUUUCUUUGAAAUUAUUUGUCACAUUCUUAGAGAUGAUAUGUGUGCACCAUGUGCUUUUUUUGUGUCUAUUAUUAUGAAGGGUAGUCAGCUGUACUUGCAUACCCAGUUUCUCAUUGGAUGAGAGAAUUAAUGACGAGUUUAGUGAACGAGUGGCUGAGUUUCAGCAUGGUUUCACAAGGCUUGAAACGCUGCAGGUGACUUUUAGCAGUGACUUGUGUUUUGUUGACAAGCCUGAUGUUCACACGUCGGCCCACGAGCUGUAGGCCGACGUGUACAAAAUGAGCAGUAAUCAUUUGAACGAGGAAACCGGGUUCAUUCAUAUUAGGGGGUCUUCCUAAUAGAUGCUGUUUAUUCCUUAUUAAUCAAGGACUGUUCCAUUGAAUCGUUUCGCUGCGGGGGCCACUGGUUCAGUGGGACAAAAGAAAUGCAUACUUGAGCAACAUUUGGCUCAUUCCUCAAAAUAUUUGUAAAAGUGACCUUUUUUUUAAAACAGUCUAAUAUACACAACUACUGACUUUUUUUAUUAUUUGGUUUUAAAAGCACAAAAGUGACAUUUGAAGUACUUUUGGCUAUUUUCCUACAGUUCCAUUCAAAUGCGCUGCUUCUUUUGUCAUUGAGCUAUUGACUUGGACGCUGUGACGAAGUCGUGCUGACGUCAGCCUCUUCCUGUGUGACGCUGUUGUAGGCUAGAGCAGCGCUAUGUACAUACCUACUCCCACUAGAGCAGUGGUUCUCAACCUUUUUGGGGUCCUGGACCCCCUGCGUAUUGUUGAUCUAUCCUGAGGACCCCUCCACCUGAUCUUGGGGGAGGGGGGUUGCAAUUUGAUGGAAACAGUAGAAACUGCAUUUUAAAUUGCAUUAUAGCAUUUAUUCACUCUUUGGGGCAAAAAUAAGAGCUUUCAGUUGUAACUUAGAUAUAGUUAACAAAACAGAAUUCUUAUGCAAUAACUUUCAGAUAUAUGUAACAAAACAGAAUAUGUAUUCAGUAACUUUCAGAUAUAGUUAACAAAACAGAAUAUGUAUUCAGUAACUUUCAGAUAUAUGUAACAAAACAGAAUAUGUAUUCAGUAACUUUCAGAUAUAUGUAACCACAGAAUCUUUAUGCAGUAACUUUUAACAAUUCAAACGGGAGCGAGAUCUCUUAUUAAAAUACAAUAAAUUACACUUGUGCAACAGAUGUAAUUAGAGAAAAAAGUCCUGUUACCCUUUAUAGUUUAGGUGGAUAAAGGUCUCAGUCACGUUUGAGUGAAAUAAUCCUAUUUCUAUAAAUGUCAUAGGAUCUUUUUUUUUUAAAGAUAUUUUAUUUUCACGGACCCCUUGCAAUUACACCACGGACCACUUGGGGUCCGCGGACCCCCGGUUGAGAAACGCUGCUCUAGAGCGACCAGGGAUUAGCAUGUGUUUAUAUUUUUUCUUUAAAUAAAUUUAAAAAAAAAGCUGUACGUAGCUGAAAAUUGACAUGUAUUUUAACAUUUUACGGCAAUGUGAGAACAUUCAGAAAGUCACUUUUAGAGGAUUUUGAAAUAAAACCGAAAUAUA